AUGCGCGCGACUGACGGCAAGAUGCUGGACCUGCUGCUGAGGCAGCCCCUGCAGGAGGGGGCCGUGACAGAGCUCGCGCAAGAGGACGGCGAGCCCAUGUGGGCGGCGCUGCUGUCUGUGGCGGCCUCUGGGCCCUUUGACGCGCUGCUCGACACCGGGGCGCUGCUCGCCUCUGCGGGCGUCUCCAUGCAGGAGAUCGUCAAGCACGUGUUCAAGCUCCUGCAGGACAAUGGCCUCGUGGGGGCCCGCUUCCGAGGCGUCACAUACUUCGAUGAUCGCCACCGCUGCUGGCUGGUGGCCGACGUCGCAGGGCGGAGGCUCGCGCGGCAUGAGUCGCCGCUGCCAGAGGCGGAGACAUUUGUGAUUUACGAUGAUGCCAGGUGCCGUGGCGCCGACCUGAAGCUGCGGCCUGACGCGGUGGGCCUUGUCACGCUGGGGCCCGGGCUGUGCAAGGACAAGCUGAUGCAGGGCGCCGGCCGCCUGCGCCGGCUGAUGCACGGCACGCAGUCUGUGCGCUACGCAGCGCCCCCAGACGUCGCCGCCAAGAUCCGCGCCACCUGCGGCCUGGACCCUCCCGCGGCGUUGGGCGCCGUGCAUGUGAUGGAGUGGGUUAUGCUGAACACCGUGCAGGCCAACCAGGCCGGCGUUCUGGAGUGGGCGGAGCAGGGCUCCCACUACGCUCUCACGCUGGGCGCCCCCGAAAGGGCCCUGCAGCCAGAGCUGCUGGAGCUCCAAGACUUUUACAGCGACGGCCGCCGCCGCCAGCCCGCGCCCUCCAUCGUGCAGCGACGGACGCGGCACGCCGCCGCCGAGCGCGAGCGCGGCCGCCGCGUGCAGGACGGCGACGGGACGCCUGCGGCGGCGGACACGGACGCGGCGGCGCGGGCUGUGCUGUCGGAGGUGGAGAGGCGCGGCGCCCUCAUGGGGGAGGGGAUGGAGGUGCUGUCGUCGCUGCGGGGCCUGGCCGACGGCGGUGCGGAGGAGGAGGUCGAGAGAGACCUGCGCGCCGCGGCGGGCCUGGAGCGGCUGCCCGACGCGAUCGCGGGGACGCUGGCCCUGGCCCCGCGUGAGCUGGCCGGCCUGCCGUGGUCGGGGCGCGUGUGGUGCACGCGCAACUUCCUCAGGGCCGCUGACCUGGCGCCGGGCGGCGCGGCGAACGGGUACCUGCGGCCGCCAGAGUCCGCGCUCGCCCUCCAGAGUGGCGACCUGGUGCUGUUGUCGGAGCGCGAGGCCGACGCCAUCCUGCGGGAGAUGCGGCGCGCCGCCCGCCCCCCCGCCUCGCUCCUGUCCGUGCCGUUCGUGCAGCGCGCCUUCGAGCGCGGAGAGGCGGCGCCGCUGCUGGCGUGCGGCGCGGCCGCUGCCGGCGCGGCCGCGGGCGCCGUGGCCGGGGGCGUCGGCGCGGCGGAGCUUGCGUCGGCGCGGCUGUUUGCGGGGGCCACUUUCUAUGGGGGCAGGGAGGGGGUUGUCUUCGGGGCGCUGUGCCGGCUGGUGGCUGGUGGGCAGACGGCUCUGGUGGAGGACAUGAUUGCUGCGCGCGCACGGUCAGAGCGCUUCUCACGGUCUGAUGCUGAGGCGGCGUGCGACUGCGGCGCGCUGCCCUGA